UGCAGACAUCCGCUUGACAACGGCAUCGACAACUUGAUGUUGCCGACCACCGACCUCAGUUCGUCUUUUGUUGCUUGAGAAUUGCUCUACUUUUUCUACCUCUUUACUUAUACCUAAUAAUACGAACCUUGACCUCGGUCCCGAACCCGACUCGAUUGACGCGCCAGGCGGGAGAGCAAUUCCCGAUUCACGAUAGAAACAGGCAACUGCUACUGCUCUCUCCCUCAAGUGCUGUUCCCCUAAAAGAUGUCACGACGCCUUCGACUUUGCGAUACGUAGCACCAUUCCCGACCGACCUACCGACCGAGUCCGAUCAUUUUGCAACCCGCGCCCCUCCCGACUUUACGACUACUGAAUAGUAUACAGCAGAUUCCACACAAUGAGCAGGGCCGAGCGAUUCGAGGACGAGAAGCGGAGGAUCAUUGAGAGUUGUUUCAACAAGAAAGAUGACGACGGCUCCAGUAGGCACGCCACAAGACAAAGCAAUAAUAAUAACAAGACGACAACAGGCAUUGACAAUGAUGAACUAGCUAUUGAAACAUACAUCACCCACAUCCGCAUCACCGAGUUCUCGACACACCCGACCUCGCCCCCGCCGCCCCAGGCACGAACCCCUAAUACCGAAAAGCCUCGCAUCAUCAUCGUCGCUGUGCGCAAGUCCGGCCGCGUGCGCCUGCACAAGUCCAAGGAGAACCCCAAUGGCACCUUUUCCAUCGGCAAGACAUGGUUCCUCGACGACCUAUCCGACAUCGAGUCCUUCACCAGCCCGACCGCCAGCCCCAACUUCCGCGAGUGGGCCGGCGAUGUGGGCUUCAUCGUCACCCUGGGGAAGCCCUACUACUGGCAGGCCCAGACCGACAAGGAGAAGAAGUUCUUCAUUGCCAGUCUGAUCAAGAUCUACGGCAAGUACACCGGCGGCCGCGUGCCCAGGCUGAUAGGCUUCGACCAGCGUGAACUCGAUCAAGUGUUGGGUGGUGCGCAGGCGCCGAGGCGACCAGCAGAUAGGGGCCCGCCUUCGAGAUCCGGCACUCAGAUCGACCAGCAAGGGGCUAUUCCUCCUCCUUCGAGAUCGGCCACAUUCGAUAACCCACCAUCGCGAUCUGGACCCUUGGACCACCCUCCCUCGAGAUCCGCCACCUUGGACACUGCUCCUAGUAGCGGCAAUGUCUCCAUGACAUCCGGAUAUGGCUCGUUCCCAGCUCAACCACCUCCGCCCGCCGGGCCACCGCCCUCUGCGCCUCCCCCUGGACCUCCUCCUAGCCGCCCGGUUCUCGACAGGAUGCCUUCUCGCACCAACUUGGUUCCUAACAGCAGAGAAAGGGGACCGUCGCCAUCCAGGAGUAUGCAGUCAAGCAAUGUGAGGUCGCAAGAGGACCUGCCGCUGAGAAGGAUGAACUCCAACCAGAGCCAGGAUUCGAGGGCACCUUCGUUGGCGGCAAGGACCGAGGAUAGUUCUAGUCUGCGUCCAGGGUCUAGAGCUGGUACGAAUGGAGACUCCAAGUUUACUACCCCUGAACCUGCCAGGGCCCCGACACCUUCUGCGCCAGCUGAGGCUCCAGAAAGGAAGCGACCACCCAUGGACCCUCUGCGCCCAUUGCAGCCAGAUAACGGUUUGGUCCCGGCACCAUUGUUGAGCCCUGGCCUGCGGGGACGGGGAGACGUUCCGGCACCAUUGAUGAGUCCUGGUCUACGAGGACCGGGGGUCCCACCACCGUUGAUGAGUCCUAGUCUACGAGGACGGGGAGACCCGGUCCUGCCUCCUCCGCGAAGCGUGGACCGUAUGAUUCCUCGCAAGAACUCGGUACUCACCCAAAACGAGCCGCAGCGGGCACCAUCCCCUGCCCCACCUGUGGCCGACCAAGUAGUUACACCUAUUGAACCCAGGAAGAUUGAGCUCCCCGUGAGCGUGGCUCCUAGUCCGACCGCGAGCACGCCUGCUUCAAUCAAGUCACCCGUCUCUGAGGGCGCAGCCGAAUCCCCAGAACAGAGUCGACCAGGUCUCGGACCCAUGAUCAAAUCCAAAAAGUCCAAGGUACAGAUUGCGGGCGCUAUCUGGAAGGCGGCAACGGCAGCGUCUGCCUUUAAGCCGAGGCCGGGCGGUGCAGCUGAUCGUCUAAGGAAUCUGACCAAGAAUCCCGAAGGGCCAGACGGCAUCACCAGUGUCGUCCCGGCACCACCCAGGCCAACUUCCUCGCAGAAGCAGGAUCAUCCGGCCCCUGAUGGUCAGGCAAAGCCAGCUGAUGGGAAGGCUGGAGUUCCCGGGGUGAAGGUGACGGAUCCCAAGGGCAAGGCGGAGGAUGCGCCCAAGGACAAGAAGAAGGACGAACCGCUUGAGCCAGAGGAACCCCAGCGGGCGAUUGUUGCUGGCAACGAUAUUAAGUACCUUACCACGCUCGGCAUUGACCCCUCUAUCCUCGAUACCAAAACGACCGAGUUUGCCAAAUGGCUGGACUACUUUGGCUGGGUGCCCGGUAAGCAGAUGCGGUCUCGCAACUUUGACGAGAUGAGGAUCGAUGUCGACCGCGAGCUUAGCAAGGCCCAGGCGGGCGGCUGGCUGGCACGCUUCCAGGAGGAGGAUGAGAGGGUGGAUGCUAUCAAGAAUGGCAUUGAUGUGGCGAUUGCGGAGUGUGACGAGCUUGAUAACUUGCUUACAUUGUACAGUGUUGAGUUAUCUACGCUCUCGGACGAUAUUGCCUAUAUCGAAGCUCAAGGCCAAGGUCUCCAGGUCCAGGCUGCAAACCAGAAGCUACUCAAGAAGGAAUUGGAGUCGUUGUUGGCUACAUGCGCCAUCAGCGAGUCGGAUCUCGCCGCUCUGAAGGUUGCGCCACUUGAGACUGCAACCGGCGUGGAGGAGAUUGAAUUGGCCCUUGUCACCUUGUUCAAGGCCAUGAUGAAGAUCGAUCCCGCAAUGGGUGCUAUCGAAGGACGCAGGAGUGAGGAUGGAAGCGGUGGCCAAGCCAUCGGCCUCAACAGCGACUAUGGAAACAUGCGCAUCGUUCAGGAGAAGAGGGAGAUGUACAUGGCAGAGAGCACCAUGUUCAUGCGCAGACUGAUGGAGUUCAUGGCACGACGAUUCGAGGAUGCCUUCCGGGCUACCAAGAUGGCGUUGGAUAACGCGCUCUCGAAGAAAGUCGACCCUCGCAACCAUGAAGCUGGCAGGGAUAUCCUCUGGAUGUACAGCCCGCUUAUUCUCUACGCCAAGGAAGUCGAUGUUGCCAACUGGGACCGCAUUAUGCAGAUAUAUCAAGAUAUCAGCCACCCGAUUUAUAAGGCUGAGUUCAGGGAGGCGAUGGAGUCGUGGAAGAAGAACGCGAGGAAGAUGACUGGCGAAGAGACGGCCGAACUGCUAUUCACUUCGGGACAAGAGAAGAAGGAAGAAGGCAUUGCCCUUGCGGCAAGAAAGCUUACCGUCAAGCGAAGUCAGACACUGGCGAGAACCCUCCGUUCGCAGGUCGGUGAAGGAAGGGCCGCCGCUGCUGUGGAGAAGACUCCAGAUAGCAGAGCUCUCCCUUACGAAGUGUUUGCUGGCGUUCUGGACGAUCUUCUCCCCCUGGUCGAGAUGGAGCAGAACUUUGUCGUCGAUUUCUUCCAUGCCUCGACUCUGGAGCAGGUCGAUUUCCCUGAUCUUGUGGUUGCAUCCCGGCCACAGGAUCGACGCGGAAACGAUCUCAAGCGCCAUCGCAUGAUGGAACCGGAUCGUGAUCUGGCACGCAGGAUUACCCGUGCGAUGGAGGUCAUUUUUAUGUUCUUUGAUAAGAACUUGCAGAACCUGAUGGACUGGGUGUUGAUGAUGGAUCCUUUACAAGGUGUGGGUGUUUUGGCUACGCUGGAGCGCAAGAUGGCAGACAUCAGCCAAAGCAACCAAGACUAUCUCAACACCGUUCUACAGAAGCUCCAUGGCAACCUCGAGACCAAGUUCAAGAAGUUUGUUGACGAGCAGGUUCGCGCAAUCGAGGAGACCAAGGUCAAGAUCAAGAAGCGCAAGGGCGUUAUCCACUUCAUGCGCAUCUUCCCCCAGUUCUCUUCGGCCGUUGAGAACAUGCUCUCCUCCAGCGCUGCUGCAGGCGGCAACACCAUGGAAUCCCCCGUCUCCGCCAGCAACCUCACGGUCCGCCGCAUGAUCGACCGCGAGUACGACCGCAUCAUCAAGACCAUGUUCGACUCGCUCAAGGUCAUUGCGCGCGAGAACCCGGCCGUGUCCACCCUCCCCACCACCGGUGGCGGCGGCUCCAGCAGUUUCCCGUCCUUCCCCGGCAGCAGCGGCGCCGCCUCCAUGAUCAGCAGCGUCAACAUCAACCUCGGCAGCAGCUUGCGCGGCUCCUCGGGUGCCGAUACGGAAGAGGACAAGGAGGCCCUCAACUUCCACAUCCUGCUGAUUGAGAACAUGAACCACUUCAUCGAGGAGGUCGACAACCCCAGGGGCCUCGAGGUGCUUGACGACUGGCGCGAGGCCGCCCAGCAGGAGCUCGUAGAGCACCUGAACCUUUACCUCAACGCCGUCAUGCGCAGACCGCUGGGUAAGCUGCUCGAGUACCUCGAGAACAUCGAGGCCCAGCUGGCGGCUGGAAAGAACCCCGGCGCCGUGGCCGCGCAGGCGAGUAAUGCUAAGUCCACCUUUAAUAAGGUGUUGAGCGGGUAUGAUGGGAAGGAAGUCCGCAAGGGUAUUGAGACGCUGAGGAAGAGAGUGGAGAAACACUUUGGUGGUGAUGAUGAUGCCCCCGGUGGGGACGGCGCGAGCGCGAUUACCACUGGUAGCAGCGGAUCUAGGGUGGUGGGCGGGGGUAACAGGAGUCUGGUGAUGAGGGUGUUGAAGGAGUGCGAGAGGUUCUAUGGAGAAGUGGAGAUGAGGGUGGGCAAGAUCACGACGGAGGUGUAUGGUGGUGAGGUGUUGUGGGAGUGGCCGAGGGCGGAGGUGAAGAGUGCUUUUAGUCAUGUGGGGAGGUGAGUGGGUGGGUUAGUUGAGAUGUCAAGGAGGAGAGAGGGAAUGUUGUCGUAGUUACCCGGCGGAUAGUCUCGGGGUUUUGGAAUGCAUAGUAUAUAUAUUAUUAUUAUCUGGCGUGUUGCCCAGCUUUAUAUCUUUGGAAGGUACUGGGGGGCAAGAUAGGAGACCAUCAGGUG